AUGGUGGCCGCCAGCCCCGGGAAGACGCCCAUCAGCCUGCUGCAGGAGUAUGGCACGCGCCUAGGACGGACCCCCGGCUACGACCUGCUCAAGGCCGAGGGCCAGGCCCACCAGCCCAACUUCACCUUCCGCGUCACCCUCGGGGACAUCAGCUGCACUGGGCAGGGGCCCAGCAAGAAGGCGGCGAAGCACAAGGCGGCCGAGGUGGCCCUGAGGCUGCUCAGAGGGGGGGGGGCCAUGCUGGAGCCCCUGGAGCACAGGGGCGCCCCCCUGGAGAUGAAGACGCCGGUGUCCCCCCCCCAGUCCGAGUGUAACCCCGUGGGGGCUCUGCAGGAGCUGGUGGUGCAGAAGGGCUGGCGCCUGCCCGAGUACACGGUGACGCAGGAGUCGGGGCCGGCGCACCGCAAGGAGUUCACCAUGACGUGCCGCGUGGAGAGAUUCGUGGAGAUCGGCAGCGGCACCUCCAAGAAGCUGGCCAAGCGCAACGCGGCCGCCAAGAUGCUGGUGCGCAUCCACAACGUGCCCAUGGAGCCGCGCGACGGCAGCGAGGCCGAGGGCGAGGAGGACCAGUUCAACAUGACGUGCCCGCGGCUGGAGGGGCUGCGGGGCCGCGCCCCCGGCUGCACCUGGGACUCCCUGCGCAACUCCGCGGGCGAGAAGCUGGGCCAGCUGCGGAGCCGGGGGGGCAACCCCGCGCCGGGGGGGGCCUGCGCGCUCCUGCAGGAGCUCUCGGAGGAGCAGAGCUUCGCCAUCAGCUACCUCGACAUCGACGCGCUGAGCCUCAGCGGGCUGCACCAGUGCCUGGUGGAGCUGUCCACGCAGCCGACCACGGUGUGCCACGGAUCCGCCCCGUCCCGCGACGGCGCCCGCGCCCAGGCGGCCCGCAACGCGCUGCAGUACCUGCGCAUCAUGGCCGGGGGCAAGUGAGCCCCGCCCGGGGCGAGCGAGCCCUGCCCGGGGCAACCGAGCCCUGCCCGGGGCAAGCGAGCCCCGCCCGGGGCAAGCGAGCCCCGCCCGGCCCGUGCCCCUCGAGCCGCCGGGCAGCGCUCGGCGCUCUGGACGCUGCGGGCGGAUGGACAGACGGACCUCAGGGCCCGGGGUCCCCCCUCCGGCCCGGAGCCCGCUCUGGAGGGUCCCCGGGUGCCAGCGGCCCCCCAGAAUAAAGCUGGGGGGGUUCGUA